CGGAAUCCGCGCCCGGAUCAUCACCGGCCGCAACUGUGGCCAGACAAACGUACAACAUCAUCAGCGAGUCCCAAAACGACAAGCUAGAGUGGAUAACGCACCUGCGUCGGCUCUCAUACUGCUGCCCUCGAUGCGCACAGGUUUAUGAUCAAACCGAUCCCGAUAUCGAUCCAAAGGGGGGCUAUGCUAUGCAUUCGGCGGAUGGCACAACCACCCCGGUGGCGUCGCACAGUCGUCAAGCCUCAAUGAGCGAAGGAUCCGGCGAUCCGCAGUCGGCCCCGGUAGCGACCGCCAAGGCGCUCACGGGCUAUGCAAGAAGCCUUCAGCUGUGGAUCACUGAGGCGAAGGACAUGGGAGGAGCGCAAAAGUACGCCCCGUAUUGUGUGGUUCUUUUGAACGACAUAAAGCAAGCUCGGACGACCACAAAACAUGGCGACAGUCCGUUCUGGGGAGAAGACUUUCGGUUCAGCGAUAUACCUCCGUGUCGAACACGUCUCCGGCUCCUGUUCUUUUCAAGCAGUACGAACCGAAGCCAGAAGGAUACUGAAAUCGGCUACAUCAGUAUCAAUCUCUCCAACCUCAAGUCCGGCAAGCAGGUCGAAAGCUGGUACCCACUAAAAGCCUUUUCCCGCCAAGCCACCGAGGGCGAUGGUACGCCUCCUGCUGCAGCGUCACCCGGAAUGGUGCGCGUGGCAUACUUCCUGACGAAUGAGAAAACACUACCGAUGAAUGCAUACGAAGAGUUCCUCCAGAUUGCAAUGGAGCCCAAGCUGACGUGCAUCAAGCACCUUAGCAAGCUUCUGGGCAAGGACAAGGAGGACUUUGCCAAGACACUCGUGAGCAUUCUUGUGGCGUACAAUCGAGACAUUGAAGGAAUUCAAGAGCUCAUGAGCGAGGAGAUUAUGGCGACAGCCAACUCGAACAUCAUCUUUCGCGGUAAUUCUGUGGCCAUCAAGUCACUGGAUCAGUACAUGAAAAUGAUCGGAUCUGAAUAUUUGGAAGGAACGUUGGGCUCGCUCAUCCGUGGUGUAUAUAACAGCAAGGACAACUGCGAGGUCGACCCAACCAAACUGGGCCAGCUUCGGUCCAAGAAUGUCGAAGAAGUUAUUCGGAAAAACUCCAAGAGACUCCUAAACCAUGUCAACAUCUUCUGGGUUACGAUUGCCCGGUCGGCAGAGAAAUGCCCGCCAGAGCUGCUCUCAAUCUUUGCCCGCAUCAAAGACGUCGUCUCCAAAAAGUUCCCCGAAGACCCCAAUGCCAUAUACUCCGCAGUCAGCGGAUUCAUUUUCUUGAGAUUUUUCUGCCCAACGAUUUUGUCGCCCAAGCUUUUUGGCAUCAUGAGCGAACAUCCCGAUCCGAUCACAUCAAGAACUUUAACCCUGAUUGCCAAGAUCAUUCAAAACCUCGCAAAUCUCUCUGAAUUUGAGGGCAAAGAGCCACAUAUGGGAUGUUUCAAUCCAUUCAUCGUCGAGCACAUCCAAUCCAUGAAGGCGUUCAUCAACACACUUUCGGUAAGCCACACGACUAGCGCUGCAAGAAUCGAGCUGCAAACCGUCGCGAACCAGCCCCGGCAUUGGAUAUUGUGUCGAUAGCGAGCUCCAUGAUGAUUCCUGAACAAAGCUGCUGUCUCUCAGCGCGGGCCUGUUGAUAUCCAGCCCAGUACAAAGCCACGCAUCAAUCUGCGGCGCGAGACAUUUUUGCUCUAUCAGUACUUCAGCACGUACUCGAG